UCUUGAAGAACAAUCGAUCCUUAAAGCUCAUUGCGUCCAUAUAAGCUGAGGAUUACUUGGGAGAGCUGCAAAGAGACCAAUCGGUAGAAAUCAAGCAAAAAGAUCGAGAAAAUGCUGCAAGAUUGCUGGGACAAUUUGCGCCAAAAGGUCAUUCACCACCUCAAUCUUUUGGCCGGAUAUGAAACUCAACCUGUCCUCAGGGGAGAGGUCGUCGUCUACCGGACCUCCGGACGAUCCAAUCCUGCGAAAUCGACUGCUAUUAGUCUCUACAGCAUCACUCGAGCUGAUGAGAACACAGGUUUCGGCAAGCUGAGCAGGGAGGCAAGCCUUCGAAACGGCAAGAAGACGAAGCAUGACGGCGUCGAAACCACGACCUACGACGUCGUCUUCUACCUCGAGGCAGAUUUCGGCACUCCUGGAGCGAUAGCUGUGAAGAACAGGGGACGGCGGGAGUUCUUGCUCAAAUCUGUCACCUUGGAGGUGUCUGAGAACCGCUCUGUUCAUUUCGACUGCAACUCAUGGGUGUAUCCAAUCAUCAAGACCAACGUCGAUCGUUUGUUCUUCGCCAACACCAGCUACCUGCCAAGUCAGACACCAGCAGCCCUGCAGAGCCUCCGGCAAGAGGAGCUCGCUAGUCUCAGAGGGAACGGAAGAGGGGAGAGGAAGGAAUGGGAACGCAUAUAUGACUAUGACCGCUACAAUGAUCUGGGAGACCCAGACAAAGGACUUCAUCAUGAGAGACCCAUACUGGGAGGAACAAGGAGCUACCCAUACCCUCGCAGAUGCAGAACAGGAAGACCCCUUAGCAAUCAAGAUCGGGCGACUGAGACUCGCAAGAAAAUCAUCAACUUGGACUUCUACGUCCCUCCCGACGAUCGUUUCAGCCCCGUCAAGCUUUCCGAGUUCAUAUCGAAUUCCAUCCGAGCCAUCGUGCACUUUGUGAUCCCCGAAGUGAAGUCAGUGUUUGAAGGAUCUAUAAGGAACUUCGAGUCGUUUGGGCAGAUGAGGAAGGACCUCUACAGCAGUCAUAGGAGAAGCAUCCUUGAGGGCGUCGUAAUGGAGAAGCUGAAGGCUCUUGUUCCUGAAGAGUUCAUCAAGGAAGUCGUUCGUGUAGUGAAGGAGAACCCAUUGAAGUUCCCUAUCCCGGAAGUCAUCGCCACUGAUGAAAACGCAUGGAUGAGCGAUGAGGAGUUCGGGCGGGAGACGCUUGCUGGGCUUAACCCGGCAGUGAUCAGAUGCUUGGAGAGAUUUCCACCUGUGGGAAGAGGAGGGAAGGUUAGUUCGAUCACAGCUUCGCACAUCGAGAAGAACCUUGAAGGUCUGAGUGCCGAUCAGGCUGUGGAAUUACGCAGGAUCUUCAUUCUCGAUCACCACGACUACAUAAUGCAGUACUUGAGGCGCAUAAACGAGCAAGGGGUGUGCGUAUACGCAUCUCGCACUCUCCUGUUCCUACGCCAUGAUCAAACCCUGAAGCCUUUGGCCAUCGAGCUAAGCUUACCUGGUGACGGGAAAGGGGCAGAGAUCAACCGGGUGUUCUUGCCGGCAAGCCAGGGAGGUGAAAGAGCGCUGUGGCAGCUCGCCAAGACUCAUGUUGCCGUGAACGACUCCGGCCACCAUCAGCUAAUCAGUCACUGGUUGCAUACCCAUGCGGCAGUCGAACCCUUCAUCAUAGCUACGAGAAGGCAGCUGAGUGCCAUGCACCCCAUCUACAAGUUGCUCGAUCCACACUUCAAAGACACCAUGCACAUCAACUCACUUGCUCGGAGUAUACUUCUGAACGCUGGCGGCAUCCUCGAGAUGACGAUGUUCCCGGGCAAGUUCGCCUUGGAGAUGUCCUCCGCCAUCUACAGGAACUGGCGAUUUCGCGAGCAAGCCCUGCCUUUGGAUCUUCUAAAAAGGGGCAUUGCCUUGGAGGACCCCGGCGAACCCUCCGGCGUCCGGCUUCGCUUCGAAGACUACCCCUACGCCAUCGACGGCCUCGACGUGUGGGUCGCGAUCAAGACGUGGGUCACCAACUACUGCGCCUACUUCUACCCCGACGACCGCUCCGUCGCCUCGGACGUCGAGAUCCAGUCAUGGUGGCACGAGGUCCGCACCAUCGGCCACGGCGACAAGCGCAACGACGAAGACGGCUGCUGGCUUCCUCUCGACUCCGUCGCCAACCUGUCCCAAACCCUGACCACGCUCAUCUGGAUCGCGUCGGCGCUCCAUGCGUCCCUCAACUUCGGCCAGUUCGCCUACGCCGGGUACCCUCCCAACCGACCGACGCGGUGCAGGAAGUUCAUCCCGCACGAGGGGACGCCGGAGUUCGCGGAGUACCUCCGCGACCCCGACAAGUACUUCCUUGAGAUGGUGCCGGACCGGUUCACGACGACGCUGGGGCUGGCGUUGAUAGAGGUGCUCUCCGGCCACACCGCCGACGAGGUGUACUUGGGCCAGAGGGCGUCCUCGGAGUGGACCGACGACUCCCACGUGCUCCACAUGUUCCAGCAGUUUGGAGAUGACCUCCGCAAGGUGGAGAAGAGGAUCGAGGAGAGGAACGGCAACCGAGGGUUGAAGAACAGAUGCGGACCUGCUCAGGUGCCCUACACGCUGCUCUAUCCCGAUACUUCAAAUCUUGGCGCCGAAAAGGGGGUCACAGGAAGAGGGAUCCCGAACAGUGUGUCGAUAUAGCAUCUCAAGCGGUCUUCCUUCUCUGCUGUCACAUGCUUGGAUUUGAUGCAGUGGUGUGUUGAGAUCUUUCCUUUGAUGCAGUAAUGUUUCCAGGAUUUAUUGUGCACGUAUGUGUUGUUUUGUUUAUAUACCAAUAUUAAACCUC